GCGAGCAGUUGCGCGGAGUCUGAGCGUGUUUGUCCACGGACGCUUGCCAUACUGUUAGACGAAAAAGACCACGCAAGACGCGUUACAGGGGGAGCUGGGUGCAUUCACUUUAAAAUCCGUUCCCGUUUAGCGACCUUGCCAUGAUCGAUGGCGACGGCGACGACGACGACAUGCCGCGGCUGUCGGCCGCUACUGUUGCGGCCCUGCGGGAGUUCUGUGCCGCCAGCAUGGAAGAAGCGGCACGGCUCUCUGACCAGUACACCGUGGGCGCCCUGCGAGAGGACUGGGGUAUGAGCCAGUUCUGGUAUAGUAAUGAGACGGCUGCGCGCUUAGCUGAGGAAGCCAUAGAGCAAGCAGGAAAACAAGGAAGAAUAGCCUGCGUCAGCGCACCCAGUGUGUACCAGAAACUUAAGCAGCUGGCGUCGCAGAAGGAAAACUGUUCGUCGGCCGUGCUGUUCGAGUUCGACCGCCGAUUCUCUGCUUAUGGCGACGAGUUUGUCUUCUAUGACUACAGCAACCCGCUGUGUUUGCCUGAGGAGGUUCUUCCGCAGAGCUUUGACAUCGUGAUCGCAGAUCCCCCGUACCUGUCGGAGGAGUGUCUCAGUAAGGUGGCGCUCACUCUGAAAUACCUGACCAAAAGCAAGAUCCUGCUUUGUACAGGGGCCAUCAUGGAGGAGCUUGCAGGGAAACUUAUGGGGUUGAAAAUGUGCACUUACCUUCCAAAACACACUCACAAUCUCGCCAACGAAUUCCGGUGUUAUGUGAACUAUGAGUCAAGGCUUUUCUCGUAAACCAAGCUUGGUAUGGACGUUGAAUCCUUCUUAAAUGAUCACAAAGUAACUACAACCCUGAACUGCUGAGCAUUCAAACAUCCCCACAUACAUACUUUGUUACUGACUACCAUAAAAAGAAAAAACAACGGUGUAAACUGUGCUAGACCAUCCAAACUGUGGUGAGCCAGUUUUGGCAUUUAUUAUUGUGAUUAUCACUUGUAAAUAUUAAACCGAUUGGUAUCUUGA